AUGGCUAUAACUUCUAACAGCCUAACAAGUAAUAAUGCGUUACUUAUUACUUCUAGUGGUAAAAGAACAGGACGUUAUCCAGAUAUGAACAGUACAGUGGAACAAAGGAGAGCGGCAAAUGCUAGAGAAAGAUCUAGAAUGAGUGUUGUAUCUAGUGCAUUUAUUGAACUAAGAAGGUCAUUACCAUGGGUUCAAAAAGAUACGAAACUUUCCAAGUUAGAUACAUUAAAACUUGCUGCUGCCUAUAUCUUGUAUUUAAGACAUGAAUUGAGCAUCUCGAAAUCACACUUAUUAACAUCAAGAUCAUACACUGGGACGACAGUCGAAUCAGGACUUUUAAGAACAGAAACUUCAUUAAAACUACAAUCACAUCAUUCAAAUUUUAAAUUUAAUUCAAAUUUACUCGAUAACACACUACCGGAUAAAACUAACACAUUCAGUUUUCUUACGAAUAAUAGUUGUUUUAAAAAAUGCUACACAGAGGAUUAUCCAAAGUAUAGCUGUGAAACUAUAAGUCAACAAGAAGACGAAUUUCUACUAAAUCUUCAACAUAAUCACCAUCAACAUACUCUUAGCCAAAAAACUGAUCAGCAACAUUCUUGGUCAGAUCAGUGUAUAAUCAGUCCUUACCAACACUGUAUUUCUUGUUCAAUGAAUCAAAUGUAUCAUCAUCCUCCACCUCCUCACCAUUCGUAUGCUCUGAAUUCUGUCAAUCAUCGAAACUUCAACUCAUUAUCAAUAUCGUCAUUACAAUCACUAAAUACAACACAGACCAUCACGGAUAUAGAAUAUCUCAUUAUUAAGCCAACUAAUGAACCUUGUAAUAAUGAUCAUAAUGAUAUUUAUCAUAUGAAAUGUAUGGACAACGACAGUUUAAGUAUGAGAAACAAUCCUUCCGUUAUCUAUUCUGAAUUCUAUCCACAUCAAAAUGAAUGUAAUACAUCAUUAUCCUAA